AUCUAACUAAUAGCAAAGGAGGAUACUAAAAAUUUUGAGUAUUGUGUGUAUAUAAAUAAAUGAGGAGGGCCAUGUAUUUGGGCGGCAAUAUAACCACGAUUUUCCCGCUGGAAAUUCUACCGUCGUUACCGUCUCUUCUUCCUCUCCCACUUAACCAUCACAAGCAGAUCAGCGCAGUAAUUCGUUCCGAGAAAACAAUGGCCAACGCUGUCGCCGGAGACAAAAGGCAGUAUUGGCUUCUGAAGACGGAGCCGGCAGAGUGGUCGUGGGCGGACCAAGCGGCCAACGACGGACGAACAACGUGGGACGGCGUUAAGAACAAGCAAGCUCAGAAGCAUCUUAAGUCCAUGAAACUCGGCGACCGCUGUUUCUUCUACCACUCCGGGGCCAAGGCCCGCCGUGUCGUGGGCGUGGUCGCGGUCGCAAGGGAAUGGUACUCGUCAGUGGACGAUGAAGUCGUCGUGGACGUGGAGGCGGUUGGAGAGAUGAGGGAACCGGUGGAUUUGAAAGAGAUGAAGAAGAGGAUGGAAGGGAUGAAGAAUUUCGCUCUGUUUAGGCAACCAAGGCUGUCGGUCGUGCCGGUUACGAAGGAGAUUUGGGAUAAAAUCUGCGAAUUGGGAGGCGGGUUUGAAGGAGAUGGAACUGAGGGCGGGGAUGGGAGUGAGGAAUAGAGAUUGUAUUUGAAUGCGCUCAAGGUGUUUGUGAAUAUGCUCAGGAGAGUUUUAAGGGAAGUGAAUGCAUAAACCAUAUCUGUUUUGGAAAUGUGGGAAGAAGAGGAUCUACAAAGAACAAAGGGAAACGCUCAGUCAGGUAUGUAUAUAUAUAUAUAUACAUAUUGUUUUUGUUGUGUGUUUUAAUGGUGGCUUAUGAAUUCUUGGGGAAUCAAAUUUUGGCUAUGUAGUUUCUUUAGUUCUUCAACAAUGGCUGAACUAGAGUUUUACAUUUACUUCCCUUUCUUUUGUAUUUAUAUAUAUUCUCUAACCGAACACAACUCAACUAGCCUACCAUGUAUUAGCAAUCAGUUUCAGGUGCAAAUUCUCCUUGUUUUUUGAAAUUUGAAGCUUAUCUAUUGUCAUAAGAUCUUGUUUA